AUGUCCGAGAUCACUCACCCCACUAUCAAGGAUGGCUGGUUCUCCGAGCAGUCCGAGAUGUGGCCCGGUCAGGCCAUGAACCUCAAGGUCAACCAGAUCCUCCACCACGAGAAGUCCAAGUACCAGGACGUCCUCGUCUUCGAGAGCAGCGACUACGGCACCGUUCUCGUCCUUGACAACGUCAUCCAGUGCACUGAGCGCGAUGAGUUCUCCUACCAGGAGAUGAUCACCCACCUUGCCAUGAACUCUCACCCCAACCCCAAGAAGGUCCUCGUCAUCGGCGGUGGUGACGGCGGUGUCCUCCGUGAGGUCGUCAAGCACGAGACCGUCGAGGAGGCCAUCCUGUGCGACAUCGAUGAGGUAACAAAUUCUGUUCUCCUUGCAUAUGCGACUGCAACCGCGAACGCCACCGCCGUCAUCCGUGUCUCCAAGAAGUACCUCCCCGGCAUGAGCAUCGGCUUCCAGCACCCCAACGUCAAGGUCCACGUCGGCGACGGCUUCGAGUUCCUCAAGCAGCGCCAAAACGAGUUCGAUGUCAUCAUCACUGACAGCUCCGACCCUGAGGGUCCCGCCGAGAGCCUCUUCCAGAAGCCCUACUUUGAGCUCCUCAGAGACGCUCUGCGUGAUGGAGGUGUCAUCACCACCCAAGGUUCCGAGAACCAGUGGCUUCACCUCCCUCUGAUCGCUGACCUCAAGAAGGCCUGCAAGGAGGUCUUCCCCGUCGCCGAAUACGCCUACACCACCAUCCCCACCUACCCCUCCGGCCAGAUCGGCUUCAUGGUCUGCUGCAAGGACGCCGAGCGCAACGUUAAGGAGCCCGUCCGCUCCUGGACCCGCGAGGAGGAGGAGCGCCUAUGCCGCUACUACAACCAGGACAUCCACCGCGCUAGCUUUGUCCUUCCUAACUUCGCUCGCAAGGCUCUCGGCAACUAG